AAGGUCGUUUGUUUUCAUCCCUUGAUCUUUUCAUUUUAAUUACUGUUAAAGAAAAUUUUGAACUAAUACAAAAAGAACGUUUAACUGUUUGUUUUAAAAUGGGCGAAGAAAAUGAAGAGAAGGAAGAACCAAAGCCAAUUAUUAUUAGAAAUUCAACAGAUCUUCAACGAUUAAAAUUGGAGAAAUUAAUGAAAAAUCCUGAAAAACCUGUAAUAAUCCCUGAAAGACCCAAAGAUAAAGGAGUUCCAAAUGUGCCUGACUUUGUACGGAACGUUAUGGGUUCCAGUGCAGGGGCCGGCUCUGGAGAAUUUCAUGUUUACAGACAUCUUAGAAGAAAAGAAUAUGCUAGGCAGAAGUAUAUGCAAGAAAAAGCAGAAAAGGAACAAUUAGAUGAUGAGUAUCACCAAAAACUAGAAGAAAAUAAGAAGCAGGCUGAAGAACGUACAGAGAAGAAGAGAUUGAAAAGACUGAAGAAAAAGAAUGCUAAGAAGAGAAAACCCAAUAAAGUUCAGGCUAAAGAAGUCAAGGAAUCUUCGUCUGAAGACAGUGGAAAGUCGGAAGAUGAGGACAGUUCAGAGGAAGCUCCAGAGCCUAAAGAAAUGAGUGUAUAGUAGAUCAAAGUGUAAAAACCAGACUAUAUGAUAAAUUUCUUGGAAAAGAUUUCUUAAGAAUUUGGAAUUUCAGAAAAUAAAUCUUAGUUGAAUUACCAAGUUUUGAAGACUGAAUUUCUAAAGAAUUUCCAUAAGUAUGCAUUGUACAUGUAUAUCUAAAUAUUUAUAUUUGUUUUGUUGAUUAAAAAUGUACUAUAUACUACAUGUACAACAAAGAAUAUUGUUAAGAAAAGCCUUGUACAUAAAUAUUUUAUACUG